AACAAUCAUUAUUAAAGACAAAAAUUCGAUAUUAUCAGAGCAUUUCAUAUUCUGUAAUUGAUUCUAAUGGUGACUAUCAAUACAUAAAAUUUCGUGUUGGUGAGGUUGUUGAAACUACUCUGUUUGAUAUUAGGCAGGCUGCAUUUGGAAUAGUUAAAGGGAUAAUUGAACAUAUAUAG